GUUUUUGUUGUGGGAUGUAUUAUGUAACACAGUAAAUUGCCACGGUUUUUAGAAUUGUUGUUCCUAUGGUAUGGAUUCACUAAAGAAGGCAACUGUGUUAAAAAUUAUUAGUGCUCUUUGGGGCCAUCCAGUUUCAAAAUUGUCAGAAUUGAAGAAUGGACACUACUACCUUCAUGUUUUAAGCCUGCUAGAACAGUGGAAUAAAAAUGUUGACUUCGACAAUGAUGUUGACAGAGUUUGUUGCAUUAAGACAUUUCUUCAAGAAUACUAUGGGGACAAUGUUAAACUUGAAGAGUUUUGUAACUUUGACAUGAUUCUCAAUGCUAAUGCAACGUCUGCAGAAGUUGAAAUGGAAUUAGCUAAGGUGGCAGUUGUACUGUUUGGGAUAGGAGUCUUAGAUAAAAAUGGGCAACACUUCAUCAGUUCUGCCAUGCAAUUACCAUCCAACAUGCACAUGGACGUCAUCACAAUUAUACAGUCAGUUGUUCAAGCUGGAACUAAAGAAAUAUCUUUGACUUCCAACAUUGAAAAAGUUUUAAGAGAGCCUUCUGCUGAAAAAAUGGAACAGUGUCUUUCUCCAGUUUGUGGUUCAUCAUCAUUCACCUCACAGACUUCAACUCCCAAAAAGUGUUCGAGUGGAAAUCUUCAUGAGGACAGCCCGUUUAAAAAUGACAGAUCCCUUUUGUGCUACUCCUUUCAAGAUAUAACCUCACCUUUGCGAGGGCUUAGCAUUGAUGCCUCCCUUACUUCUCCCUUGGCGCAAUUUGCUCAGUCUCCACAACUUAUUCACAAGGCUUCCCUAAAUCAGAAAGAACUGGAGCUUAGUAAACUGAAGCAACAAUUAAAUGAUCUUACCUACCUUAAAGAAGAAAUGCAAUUUACCAUACAGGAUUACAUAUCACAGGGCAUUUUAAAGGAUUCAGAAAUUUCGAAGCUGCAAAAAAGGGUUAAAGAUCUCAUCCAUUUGCAGGAUUCCUAUGAUGAACUGCAGGAAAUGAAAGUAAAAUACAGAAACAUGGAAUUGGAAAUAUCAAAGUUGCAUAAAAUUGUUAAAGAUGUACAGGUUUAUAAAGAACAGAUGAAUUUUCUUGAAAAAGAAAAUAAUUCUCAAAGAACAGAAAUCAACCAACUUUUGGAGAAGAUCACUUCUCUUCAAAUGGAAAAGGAACAGUACAUUGACUCUCUAAAAGCAGUCACUCAGCUAGAAUCUCAGGUCAAAACUUUAGAUCUAUUGCUAGCUGAGGUGAAUAAAUCUAAGCAAGAAUGUACAGAAGAUAGGGAGGUCAUCAAAGCAAUAAAUGCUCAACUGCGUCAAGAAUUGUUGGACUUGAAGACUUCACAAGAAGAAAAUGCUCCAGGUGAAAAUAUGGGUGUUUGUCUUGAACUUCAAUUGGGUGAACUUAACUGCCAGUUGGAAGAAGUGAAACAGGAGCGUGACACACUGCUGGGCAAGUUAAAUCAGAUAAGCCACUCUAACACUGAACAGAAUGAGGAAAUUGAAAAGCUAAAGAUAUCCGUUUCUGAAAAAGAAGAAAUAUGUUUGAGGCUCACGGAAACUGAAAAAGAAGUGGAAAACUUAAAAGCUCUGGUGGAUAAGUUGCAUAGUGAUGCAUUACUUAACAAUAGUCUGCUGUCAGAGGCCAAGAAAUCUAGAGAUGAAAUCAGUUGUGAGUUAACCAAAACAUGCACAGAGAUGUCUAAAUUAAUUGUUAAAGUCAACGAAUUAAAUAAUGAAAUAAAAAGUAAACAGGAAAUGUGUGCGAAAAAGGAAGAGAAAAUUGCUGAACAAAAUGACCACAUAAAGCAUCUAACAAAGAAAAUGAGCUGUGUCCAAGAUCAGCUGAGAGCUAAGGAUGAGCACCUGAGAACACUUACAAAGUCAGUCAAUAACUUGCAAGCUGAGAACUCACACUUGCAGAAUAUUAAAUAUGCUGAAUUAAAUGAGCUGUCAGUGGUGAAAGAACAGCUGAAGAAAUCUGAGGGUUUUUAUGAGCUUUUUAAGCAUCAUGAAAAGCAUUUGCAGAUUAUGAGGGAAAACAAUUCCUGUCUUUCUAAAGCUUUGAGAAUAGAACAGGACACAAAUGCAAAAUUGCAGAAGCACUUGGAUGAUGAAGCAUCAAAAUUUACUAUGGAAGUAAACAGGUUUAAGACUGCUCUAAGUUAUUCAGAAAGAAAAGUAAGAGAAUACCAGCAUCAGUUGGAGCAAGCUGGAACAGCUUUGCUUGGAAACCCAACUCACUUUCAUCAAACUAGUGAAGAUAAAGGAUAUCAUCCAGCCAUUAUGUCCUGCCCCAAUGAACCUGAGGGUCAAGACUUUGAAUGGAAUAGAUUAAGUGAGUUGCAGAGGAGAAACAGCAUGUACCCAGCACAUAUGAGAUCUGCUUACCCUGUGGAGAUGCAGGCUGUGGAGAAAGAAAGGAUAACGGAUGACAAUUUGAGAAUGAGUCUCUUGCCGAACACAAUGUUUCACACAGCUCCUGUUUAUCAAAGACUAGCACCUUGCAUGCCAGGCAGGCAAAGAAUGUCUGUCAAGUGCACACCCCCACGUGGUGUCUCACCUGUAGUUAAAGGGAAGUUCAAGUCACAUCGAUCUCCUUAUGUCAACUCUAGGCGCACUCCCCAUAAACACACACCCCAUAAAUCACCCCGAGCUAAUUAUAAAUGUUCUGAAAGUGUUGCAUUUAAUAUUGGCUUUACACCUAAGAAGAAUAAUGGCCAGAGAAAGCAUUUUAAAAGAGCAGUUGACUCGAAGAUCAGAAGCAAUGGUAACACGUUUUCUGCUGAAUCCUCAACCCAAAACCACACUUCUAAUGGGGAACAGUAGGGCAGGAGCCACAGCUAGAAAGAAUCAUACACGCACAUUCCACUGCUGGCAUUUAGUUGUUCAUCAUAAGCCACCCGUGUAUUUGAUGUAGGCCUAUAUUUUUUUAUUGUAUAUUAAUUUUAUUUCAUUAGGAUUGAUGUGUCAUUUAAAUUGUGUAUACCUUCAUGCCAACAAUACUGUCUGCCAACAGAUCUG